AUGCCGACGCAGACGGAGGUGAACGAGUGGAAGAUCCGCGUCCUCGAAGCGCGCGAGGAGCUCAGGGUCGAGCGCGAGAACGGCGAGCGGAAGCUCAGGGCGAAGAGCGAUGAGAUCGACGCCGUGCAGUCCGCGCUCGACGCCGCGAACGCGUUCAAGGAGGACGGCGAGACCGCGCGCAGACGCCUCGCGACCGUGGAGGCGUCGUGCGCGGACCUUCGACACGAGCUGAUCGUCGCGCAGAAGGAGCGCGACGCCGCGGUGCAGAGGGUGGAGACGACGAAGCGCGCGGGCGCGAGCACGCUGAUGGAAGCGAAAGCGGAAUCGGCGAAGAAGCAAGCGGAGCUCGACGAAGCGAACGAGGAGACUCGAAAGCAGGCAGAGGUCGCGAGAAGAGCGUGCGAGGAGCUCGCGGCGACGCGAGUGGAGAUGACCGCGAUGCGCGGGGAGGUGGAGGAAGCGCGAGCGGCGCGAGCGGCGAGAGAAGCCGCGGACGCGGCGGACGCGGCGCGAGCGGCGGAUGCGACGGAGGCGUCGGCGGCGGACGCGGAUGCGGCGACGGACGCGGCGAUGAACGAGAUGCUCCGCGCGGACCUCGCGGAAGAGACGCGCGCGCGAGAGAACCUCCGCGGCGAGCUCGCGCGGACGAAGGAGAAGCUCGCCGCCGCGGAGCGGAGCGCGGAGUCGAUGACGCGUCGACUCGAAGACGCGCGCGCGGAGACGGAACGCGCGCGCGAAGCCGCGGACGACGCGGCGCGAGCGGCGGCGGCGGCGUCCGCGAGGACCCCGCCGCCCGUCGCCGCGGUCUUCAACCCGCGAGUAUCAUCUCCUCGUUCGCCGCCCGCCCCCGACGCCGGCGCGCUCGCGGCGGAGCUCGAGGCGGCGCUGGACGCGACGACGAGGGAGUUGAACGAGGCGAACGCGCGCGCGAGUCGCCUGGAGCGUCGCGUCGCCGCGGCGGAGGCGGCGGCGGCCGUCGCCGGCGCCGCCGCGGGCGCCGCCGCGGAGGAGGCCGAGAAAGCCGCGCGCGAGAUGCGGUCGCUCGAGGUGGCGCGCGCGGAGGAGCUCAGGGCGCUUCAGGAGCGGACGGUCGCCGCAGAGGCGGAGGCGGCGGCGUGGCGGGCGGAGGCGGCGGCGGCGGCGGAGGCGACGCGCGCGCGCGAGGCGCUCGAGGAGGAGGCGGAGGCGGAGGAGGAGGCGGAGGAGGCGGAGGAGGCGCGGCGGCGCGCGCCGGGGGUGGCGUGGGAGGUGUCCGCGCGCGGGUCGGCCGGGUCCCCGGGGGGCGCGACGUCGCCGGAGGAGCGCUCGAGCGCGAGGGAGACGACGAACGCGGACUCGGCGGCGGCGGCGGACCUUCGAGCGGCGGUGGAGGCGAUCCUCCCGUCGUUGCUCUCCGCCGCGGGCGUGGAUGUGAACCGUCACCAGCGGCACGUCGAGCGCUUCCGGCCGUCGCCGAUGAGCGCGAAGGGGAAGGGCGCGGACGCGAAUCGACGCGGCGACAGCGGCGACGGCAGCGACGGCGGCGGCGGCGGCGGCGGCGGCGGCGAACCGACGAACGCGCUCCGCGACCGCAUUCGACGCGGCGAACUCGCGUCGCCGCCGUCGUCGGUCGACGUUCCACUUUCCGCGCCGUCUGACGUCUUCCCCCGCGGGCUUCGACGCGUCAACGCGGUGAAGGGCAACGCGGCGCACGACUCAGAAGUCGACGCCGUCGCCGCCGCCGCCGUCGCCGCCGCCGCCGCCGCGGAGCUCGAAGCGAUCGCCGCGCCGCCGGAGCCGUGGCGCCCCGACCGCGAGUGGAUCUCGCCGUCCGCCUCGCCGAUGAAGACGCGGGUCGACGACGAGGAGACGCGGAGGAGGAAGGCGGCCGUGGCGGACGCGGCGGCGCGCGCGCGGUCGCCGUGGCGGCGCCGCGGACCUGGUCCGGGUUCGCCGCGCCAGCUGGCGACGACCGACGACCGGUCCCGGUCCCGGUCCCGGUCCCGAUCGAUCGUCCUCGCGCGCGGCGUCGGGGUUCGCGCCGCGGACGCGGACGACGACGCGUCGUACGCGGAGCAGACGAGAGAGGCGACCGCGCUGGCGACGAGCCUCGCGCGUCAGAGCGAGCUUUUGGAAAAGCUGCGGCUCUCGAGGGAGCGGAGACGCACGGAGUUGGACGACGUGCGGCACGCGCUGGACGAGCUCACCGGGUACGUGGACUGA